UGACUGUCACUGGACCGCGUGUCGUCACACGUCCUGUAAUCUGCUUUGAUUUUAGAGCCGCUUAUUCCAGACUGCUGCUGGAUAAAUUGUAACAGUGAUGAAGCGCUUCAGCGGAUUAAGAGCCGCUUUUCACAUAUUUAGGAGAGACCUCCAUCAUCAGCACUGUGUGGGAAUAAUAGGCGCACCUUUCUCUAAAGGACAGCAGAGGGAUGGUGUGCAGAAGGGACCAGACCUCAUUCGAGCUGCUGGAUUGGUGCAGAAACUUAAAGGGCAAGGUUGUGUUGUGAAGGAUUAUGGGAAUCUGACAUUUGAAGAAGUUCUCAACGAUGAGCCCAUUGGCAGACUUAAGAGUCCGAGAGCAGUCGGCCGAGCCAAUGAGCUGCUCGCGGGAGCUGUGCAGAAGGUCAAAAGCGAUGGCAACACUUGUGUGAUGCUGGGAGGAGAUCACAGCUUGGCGAUUGGUUCGAUCUUUGGCCAUGCCAUUUCAAGACAUGAGUUGAGUGUUUUAUGGGUGGACGCACAUGCAGACAUAAACACACCUUUGACCACGCCAACGGGAAACAUUCAUGGACAGCCGGUGUCUUACCUCAUCCAUGAACUGCAUUCUAAGAUUCCCAUAAUUCCAAAUUUCUCCUGGUUAAAGCCUUGUGUAGCAGCUAAGGACAUUGUCUACAUUGGACUCCGAGAUGUGGACCCAGAAGAACAUUAUAUCCUGAAGUACCUUGGAAUCAAAACGUUCUCCAUGACAGAAGUUGACCGACUUGGAAUAGCAAAAGUUAUGGAGCAGACAUGUGAUCACAUGUUUUCAAAGGUGAAAAAACCUAUCCACCUCAGUUUUGACAUUGAUGCACUGGACCCAUCAGUGUCACCCGCGACAGGCACACCUGUAGCGGGAGGACUGACCUAUAGAGAGGGGAUUUACAUCACUGAGCACAUCUGUCAAACAGGGCUUCUCUCUGCUGUAGACAUGGUGGAAGUGAACCCAAAGCAGGGCAAAACAGAGGAUGAAAUUAAAUCAACAGUAAACGCUGCUGUAGAUCUGUUACUGGGCUGCUUCGGACGGGUUCGCGAAGGCUCUCAUGAGCUAGAUUAUAAAAUACCAAAUCCAUAAAUCAGUUUAUGUCUUAUGACAAUUAUGUCUUUCUGAAUUUAAAAAGACUAAAUUGUAAUUCACAUUUAUUUUAUUCUUGUAUAAAAAUGAAUUUCAAAGAUAUAUGCAAAUUAUACCACAGUAUAUUCCAUAGUGAAUGCAGAAAAUAAAAAGUUGUACACAAAGUUUGUUUGUUUUUUCCAAAAUAAAUAAAUAAAAAAGCCAGGUAGAUUAACAAUGUUUAAUGUAAGAACUAAAACAAGAAAAAAAAUAUUUAAUCCUAUAAAGCCUAUAGUAUAUACUUUAUCAUAUUUGAUAUGGAAAUGUCUCUAAAUUGUCUCUAAAUUAUCAACAUGAUCAAAACUUUGCUGAAAAAAUCUGUACACAAUCUAGUACAUGCCUUCUGUUGCAAGUAAAAGGCCUUUUAUCAUCAUUCUAAAAAUGCCCCCUCCCCCUCAAAUAUAAGCAAGUGCAACAAAUUGUAUAUUUUUGCUCAGUUUGGGAAUUUGAAUAAAACUGAGGUGUUUUUUUUCCAUUGA